GGCUGUAUAAGAAAAUAUAUUAAAAGCUGCUCAUUAAGCCCUGUUAAGGCUUUAAAUACCUAACUUAUACUAAGUACCCAAUAGUUUGAAUAAGGGUAUUAAUUACCUAUAAGUUUUUAAAAACUUAUAAAAUAUAAAUAAUAAAAUAUUAUUUUAUACAUUUUAACUAUUUCAUGAGUAUUUAGCAUUAGCCUUUUCUUUUUUAGAGACUAUGGGUAGCUCGCGGGUACCUAAGAAUACCCAUGGGUUUUUUGCGGGUACCCGUGGGCACCCAAUCUGGAAACUCUAAGCCCUGUGUAGUUGGAUGUUGCGAGUCUUACAAUAAUAGCGGUCAUAAGAGCCAUGCGCACUUUGCAUACCAAUACCUAAUUGUUAAGUGAUACACGGAAGCCCACAGGAUUGGUGGCCGUAGCAUUGCACCGCCACAAUGAGCCAAGAGUCGGCGACGGGCUUUUAAUUGGGAGCAAACAAGUUCCCUUUGCUGAAUUUGCACUACCCCUCUUGCCUGAAUCUGAGCUGGCGUUCUCCCAUAGGACGCUACCAGACCAACUUAUCUCCCGAAUAUGUCGCGGUUCACACAGGACGGAGUCGACCAGCUCUUAGAACCGGUCGUCGAAUAUGGUUGUUCUCCUUGGAGGGCCAGCAGUCAGCGAGCAUCAGACUUGUAUGAAUCAGGAGUCAGACUAUGGCGCAAAGAAGAUCUUGUGAAUAUCGAACAACAGCUGGCGCAGUCGCGUACCGCCGAGAAGUUUACAGUCCGCCGUCUCGAUGGUAGCUUACUACACAUAAAGAACCCGAUGUUUGGGGUUCAGAACCCAAUCUGGAAGCCAUAUGUUGAGUUCCAAGAGUAUUGGCGCCUUGUCUGGGCUAAGCCUAACAUUCCACCCGAGCUAUACACCUGCACGUAUCUCGUUGACUGGGACAACCUGACGCUGCGCAACUAUGAGGGGCCUAUCGAGAACGUACACUUGCUUUUUGAAUCUAGUCGACAGAAAUGGAACGCGAGUGCGACUUGCGAAGCUUUGACAUCUCAACUUCUUGACCUCUUAAUCGGAGAUGGGAAUUCGAAGAAGGUGACGAAGGUUGUUUGCUUCGGGCUGGGCGAUCUGAACUUCAAACCGCCGGAUCGGUGGAGGAUAGAGAAUAACUCUCAAACAGAGGAUAAACGCCAGCCGGAAACAAACAUCAUAGAGGGAGCCUUAAUACAUCAUGCGAUAGCGUUGACGAUAGCCGAAGUCACCCGUUCUUGUAUACCAGCAGAGCGCAGUAGUGUAAGGCUGCUUACCCAAGACCCAAAAUACUCGGAUGAGACAAAGGCCUUAUUGCGAAAAAUCGGGUUCGAGAUUACAGGAGAGUAUGGGGCUGGAGGUUUUGCCGAAGUAGACGAUGAGUCUAUCGUAUUCUCAGCGUUCGCUGCCGCUCCUGUCAAGCAGAUGGUUGCGGACCUCGCACUGCCAGUCGCCAUUAUCUGCGCGAAAAAGACCAGCGCUGGAGUCUACAACCAUCUUCGAAACCUAUGGGCCGAUCCUGAAUCUCCAAGGACGAAGCAGAUGUGGAAGGAAUAUGAAACUUGGAAGUUUCCGACUCCAACAGUGGACAUCAAGUUAGAUGGGAGUCUACAUCAGCUAGAGAUAUCUGCUAGAAUCGGAGAGCGAUUAUCCUGAUCGACUGAUCGGUUUAUUGAAAGUAUCCACGAGAUCAGGGCUGAAAUGGACUGAUUCGGUGGCCCCUUUAGGGGGAGGAGGCUGGGCGCAAGGGGUUCGAGUCCAGCACUGAGCAUAAUUCCUAUCCAACUAGACUACCCCAGUGCCUACUCAGUACUUAGCUAACUCGUAGGCCACCAU